GCCGCGGAGGAAGAGGAGAAGGAGGAGAAAGGAGAGGGGCCGGCGGGAGCUGUGCUUUGGAGUAGCCGGAGGUUGUGGGGGGCUCUGAGAACUUAGGCGAGGCGGCUGGUCCUGGAAACGGUCAUAGCUGAAGAUUUGAGCCUUCCUCUCCUGCAAAGAGACCUCUGUUGUGUGGGGGAUGCCUUAUCUUUCCAGGACAGAGACAAGCACCAUGAUCUGCCAGAGGGUAUGCUGGCACUUUUCAGGAUAGGCACUGGAAUUCCCGUGCCAAGCAGGGAAGGGUGUUGUGGCCAGUUCUGGCCCAUCCCAGAGCUGUCAGAAGCCGUAAGCUGGUCGCAGUCCAGAUCUUCAUACAUCCCACGCGCCCUCAAGAUUGGUUUUCCUGCUUGUGGUAGCAACACUCUGAGCACCUGGAACCAGGACCAGUCAGCUGCUGACACCAGCCAGCCAGCGGCCCAAAGGCACCGCUCCUCCUCAGCUCUGGACUUCCAGCCCCAGGACUUUUAGCUGGAUCUUUUGCCAGGCAUUCUGAGGAGCUGGGUCAUGGCAUCUUGAAAUCCCGGCUAUUUGGGGCCAUCUCCCAUUCUCCAAGCCCUGCCCGUCAGAGCCCCAGACUUCCACAUCAGGAUGGGGCGGGAGCAGGACCUGAUUCUUGCUGUGAAGAAUGGGGAUGUUGCUGGGGUGCAGAAGCUGGUGGCCAAAUUCAAAGCAGCUAAGAGCAAGCUCCUCGGCUCCACUAAGAAGCUCAACGUAAACUACCAGGACACAGAUGGGUUCUCAGCUCUGCACCAUGCAGCCUUGGGGGGCAGCCUAGAACUGAUGGCAUUGCUGCUGGAAGCACAAGCCACAGUGGAUAUCAAAGACAGCAAUGGCAUGCGCCCCCUGCACUACGCGGCGUGGCAGGGCCGGCUGGAGCCCGUGCGCCUGCUGCUGAGAGCCGCUGCCGCCGUCAACGCCGCCUCCCUGGACGGGCAGAUCCCCCUGCAUCUGGCCGCCCAGUACGGGCAUUACGAAGUGUCAGAAAUGCUUCUGCAGCAUCAGUCGAACCCCUGCCUGGUCAAUAAGGCUAAGAAGACCCCGCUGGACUUGGCCUGUGAGUUCGGGCGCCUGAAGGUAACCCAGCUCCUCCUGAACAGCCACCUGUGCGUGGCUCUGCUGGAGGGGGAGGCCAAAGACCCGAGUGACCCCAACUACACCACGCCGCUGCACCUGGCUGCCAAGAACGGGCACAAGGAGGUUAUCAGGCAGCUACUGAGAGCCGGGAUCGAGAUCAACCGCCAGACGAAGACGGGCACCGCCCUGCACGAGGCGGCGCUCUACGGGAAGACCGAGGUGGUGCGGUUGCUGCUGGAGGGUGGUGUGGAUGUGAACAUCAGGAAUACAUAUAACCAGACAGCCCUGGAUAUCGUGAACCAGUUCACUACCUCCCAGGCCAGCCGGGAAAUCAAGCAGUUACUGCGGGAAGCGUCAGGGAUCCUGAAAGUCCGGGCUCUCAAGGAUUUCUGGAACCUCCAUGAUCCUACCGCCCUCAAUAUCCGGGCUGGAGACAUCAUUACGGUUCUCGAGCAACACCCUGAUGGACGAUGGAAGGGACACAUACAUGAGAGCCAGCUGGGCACUGACCGGGUUGGGUACUUCCCACCGGGCAUCGUUGAAGUGGUCAGCAAGCGGGCCGGGGUCACCAUACCGCGCCCCACGCCUGGGAGCAUAUCUCUGCGCCCAAAUUUUGCCAGGACCCCUCAGCUGCCAGCCGAUGACUCCCUGCACCCUCUCACCUAUAGCCAACUUCCUCGGGUGGGCGUUAGCCCAGAUAGUCCAGCAGCCAGUGACAGGAACAGUGUGGGCAGUGAAGGGAGCGUGGGCAGCAUCCGAAGUGCAGGGAGCGGUCAAAGUUCAGAGGGCACAAACGGACACAACACCGGCCUCCUCAUCGAAAACACCCAGCCUCUGACCCCCGCCGGAGAGGACCUGUCUCUGCCCGGCCUGCACCCCACAUCCCUGCCAGAAAACUUGAGCCACUGGUCUCUGACAAACCACCGCCCCAGGGAGCAAAUCUUCAACCAGGACGUGAGACCAGAACAGCUGCUGGAGGGGAAGGAUGCUCAGGCUAUCCACAACUGGCUGAGCGAGUUCCAGCUGGAAAGCUACACCACUCACUUCCUGCAGGCUGGGUAUGACGUGCCGACUAUCAGCCGGAUGACGCCGGAGGACCUGACGGCCAUCGGGGUGACGAAGCCAGGACACAGGAAGAAGAUUGCCACCGAGAUCACCCAGCUCAACAUUGCGGAGUGGCUCCCGAGUUACAUCCCUGCGGACCUCCUGGAGUGGCUGGGGGCCCUGGGGCUGCCUCAGUAUCACAAGCAGCUAGUGAGCAGCGGCUAUGACUCUAUGGGGCUGGUGGCCGACCUCACCUGGGAGGAGCUACAGGAAAUCGGAGUCAAUAAACUGGGUCACCAGAAGAAGCUGAUGCUGGGAGUGAAACGUCUGGCAGAGCUUCGGCGGAGCUUGCUGCAGGGGGAGGGUCUGAGUGGGGGCGGGGGUGGGGGUGGGAGGCGAGUGGCAGGGGGCCCAGAGGUGAUGGCUAUUGAAGGGCUGGAGAAUGGUGAGGGCCCUGCUGGGCCCCGGCUGGUCACCUUCCAAGCCAGCGAACUUAGCCCUGAGCUACAGGCCGCCAUGGCCAGGGGCACCCCAGAGCCUCUGACCUUGCCCCCAACCCGUUCUCCCAGCCAGGAGAGCAUUGGGGCCCGUUCUAGGGGUUCUGGGCACUCUCAGGAACAGCCUAUCCCUAGAUCCACUACGGGGCACCCCAGUCCCCCUCCAGAGAGGAAUCUGCCAGAGGGCAAUGAACAACCUUCCAGCAAGGACGCCCCCCCCUACGUGCUCAUGCAUCCCCAUAGUUCACCCCCUAGUCCAGCUCCUGUGCUGCCUUCUAGUGGCCCCAGGGCCUUCUCCUACCUGUCUGCUUCCCCCUCUACUCCUCCCGACCCUCCCCGCCCCAAACGCCGCUCCCACAGCUUGAGCCGCCCAGGACUGACCGAAGGGGAGGCUGAAGGACCUGUGGGUAGCGCCUUGGACAGCUACGCCACGCUGACCCGGCGCCCUGGCCGGAGCACCCUGACCCAGGUCAGCGCCGGCUCCGCUCUCACCAGGGGGGCUCCCCGCAGCCAGUCCUUUGCCUUACGGGCUCGCCGAAAAGGGCCGCCCCCUCCGCCCCCCAAGCGCCUCAGCUCUGUGUCUGGUACUGCACCAGAUGGUCUUCUGUCUCCUGGGAGCCCAGGGCCCCAAGAAGAGGCUGUGGCGUCGCGGAGACGCACGCUGAGCGAACCCACUGGUCCUUCCGACCCCCCCAGCCCUGGCCCUGGGGGCGCUGCAUCGGACACGGAAGAGGAGCGGGCUUCUGAAGGGACAUCCCGAUCCCGGGGCAGCUCUGGUGAGGGGCUGCCCUUCGCUGAGGAAGGCAACCUGACCAUCAAGCAGCGGCCCAAGCCUGCCGGGCCCUCCAACCGGGAGGUCCCUAUCCCCCCGGGGCUGGAUUUCAACCUUACAGAGUCAGACACUGUCAAGCGGAGGCCCAAAUGUCGGGAGCGAGAGCCGCUGCAGACGGCGCUUCUGGCUUUUGGGGCUGCCAGUGCUCCCCCAGCCCCCUCAGCCCCUCCAUCUCCACAGCCCACCGCCGAUUCCCCAGCGUCUCCCCCACCCGACUCGGUGCCUCCCGCUCCUCCGGCCCCCCGCCCCAACAGCCCACUGACUCUUACCACUGCGCCCCCCCCCUCCAACACCUUGACUCAGACUCCUGGUCCCCAGUUGCCUGGGUCUGGUCUGGAGGACUCGGCGGCCACCCAGCCAAAGGGGGAGACAAAGUCCCCGGCUCCUCCCUCGGGCCUCCUCAAGGUGCCAGUAAGAGGUGCCUCUCCCAAGCCCGUGUCAGUGGCUUGUACACAACUGGCCUUCUCGGGGCCUAAGCUGGCUCCCAAGCCCGGUCCUCGCCCCGCCCCCCCUCCGAAGCCUGAGAGCGCGCCCGUUGCUGCCCAUGCCCAUCAGAGACUGGAGCAGACCAGCUCCUCCCUGGCCGCCGCCUUGAGGGCCGCUGAAAAGAGCAUCACUGCUGAGGAUCGGGAAGGCCUCUCCCCGCCAGGUAACUCCAAGCACAUCCUGGAUGACAUCAGCACCAUGUUCGACGCCUUAGCUGACCAGCUGGAUGCUAUGCUGGACUGAUGGGAAAGCAGCCCUCCGUGCAGGUGGCAGCCUUCCUCCAGCAGGGAAGAAGUUAAGAGUGCCGGGAGGGCCGGAGCCUGGAGGAGCAGCUGCCCCCUCCCACGGCUGCGGCUCCUAAACCAAUACCUGUCAGGGGCCCAGCUCCACCCCUCAGCCUCGGCCGGAGGGCAGAGCAAACUUGUUGGAGCCUGACAGACUCGGGGCCCAGCGCCAGCACCUGGCCUGUGUAAUCUGACCUGCCUGCUGGGCCCCUUGGACAUGGCCUCCGGGGCAUGGGGGACAGAGGCCUUCGUUCCCUGCCCCCGGGAGGCACACCUGAGGGGAAGGACUUCCUGGCUCCGGGCACACAGAUCUGCCCUGUCUGGGAUGGGUCUUCCUCACUGUCCCAGCGCCCACCCGACCAGACCUCUGUGUGUAUAUAGGACUUGUAAAUAGGCUGUGCGGGGUACGGGACCUGGAAGCGAAGCCGCCACGGCCAGGUGCUGUCAGUCUCCUGACUCACUUUCCCCUUCCUCCCCCUGCUCUGACAAAGCUGCUGGGAUGUAGGGCGGGGUGCCAGGGCUGUGUUGUGGGCCAACUUGUGUAAUUCCAGAUUUUUUAAGCAGAGAGAAAGGUGUAUAUUUUAAAUGGAAUUUUCUCUAUUAACAAGCAGGGAAGGGCUCUGGCAAGGUCAGCAGCCCCCUCUCUCUGACCAUUAACCCCUUCCCGACACUAACUUCAAUGAAAGACUCAUUCCACUUAA